AUGUCACUUAAAUAAAGAGACAUUUAAAAAAAUGAAAUCAAAGUAGAGAAGUCAAAGGUGAGUUUAAUAUGUUAAUUUUCAUUUGAAUUAAUUCGGAUUCCAGUAAGGUAAAAAAAUAGAUUCAUAAUAUAUAUAGAGGAGAGUUCUGUUAACAUAAAUAAUGUUUUAGUCUGAAUAGUUAUUUAGAACUGAUGUUUGCGAUGGAACAUAAAAAGUGGGUUUGCCCAAUUUGUAAGAAAGUGUGUUUUAAUUUUAUAAUCGACAAAUAUUAGUAAUGGAUUCUGGAUAGAGUGCGAUAAUUAGAGAUAAAUGUUGAAAGUGUCACUUUGAAUUAGGAUGUAAACAAUUAAAUAAGUAUAAGGGAAGAGUAGAUAAAGAAGAUCCUCUAUGCUAGAUUAUCUCAGAGGGCAAAAUAAGGGAUUAUAAUGAUGUUAUCAAAUGGGGAUUCACCUAAUUUUAAAGAAAGAGCAGAGAAAUAGAUGAGGAUGAUAACGGAAGUUCUAUAGUUUUAGGGAGAAAUGAAGGACAGACAAUUAUAAUUGAAUGA